AUGAAAAACGAUCAGCCGCAGGAGCGCACUCUCCGCUUUCUCCUCCGUUCUUUGGCAGUGCUCUGUGGAGUCUCUAAAGGGGCUCUCGCAUUGCUCACGGCAAGUUUCUCAUUGUCUUUCACCCAUCUUUUCAACUCUUUCCUUCCAGCAAGGGGGCCUGGACCUCGUGGUUGAUCGCCUUCUCUCCAUUUCCUCGGCCAUGUGCUCGGUGGAAGCUGCUGGAAUCCUUACUCAGCUCACGAAUCCGCAGUCCGCUUUGAUUCGUCUCAAUCACAUUCAGCCGAUCAUCACUAGGCUCCUAGGUAGCUAACAUCUUCUUGUUAUCAUAAAACUUCUCCUAUAGAUCUGGUAGAUCAAUGUUCAUCCGGAGACUCUCUCCUCCUUGCCACUGCCGCUCUGAACAAUGUAACUCUUCAAAAUCCGAGCGGAGUGGAUAUUAUGUACAAGUGAGUUGUUCCCUCCUUUCAUUCUGCUCAUGAACGUCUUCAGAAACGGUGCUAUCAGCCGUCUGAUAGGCGCUUACAACAGAGAAAACUGUGCCACAAUCUUCGUGCAAGAGCAGAUUGUCACUGCGUUUUCCCGCCUCGCCUCCCGUCACCUCGAGCGCCAAAUGGUCGAACAGAAUGCGAUUCCGGUCCUUUUGGAGUUUCUCUCGCUUACGCAUCCCGUGCACGCGGAUUACUGUAGACGGAUACGGUACAAGGCGGCGGUGUGCAUCGGAACACUCGCGAACAGUGAAGUUGGGCUCAAAGCCUUGUAUGAUAACAAAGGUUUCCUUCUUUCGUUUCCAUUUCAUUGUCGCUUUGUUUCAGCCUAUGCAAUUCUAAGCAACGUCCUUUACGAUGACAACAAUGUCUCAAACCCUUUCAAUAUGAUUUGCAACAACAUCCGCACUAAGUUGGAGUCUAAGUACCAAUCUGAAAGUGCCGUUUGA